GGCGGAAGAGGCGGGGCAUGGCCGGAGGCGGCCGGCGGGCGUGAGACGGCCGCGGGGAGGGACUAGCGGCCCUGACGCGCAGGUCUGUGCACCAUGGCUAUGACUAGUGUGAGAGUACUGGCUGGUGUUUUAAGAAAGCCGGAUGCCUGGGUUGGACUCUGGGGCGUGCUCCAAGGGACACCUUCAUUUAAACUCUGUGCUUCCUGGAAUCAAUACUUGUAUUUUUCUAGUACCAGGUUAAACACAUCAAAUCAUAAGCCACUUUUCCAUAGUGUUUUCUCGCUGAGAAUCCCAGGACUUUCAGUGUCUCCAGAAUAUAUUUUUCCAUUUUCCAUAAGACUCAAAAGUAACCUAAGCUCUAAAAAGUCCACUAAAAAGACUAUGGAAAAAGUGCAAGACGUGGACUCUGAUGAAGAGAGUGAUCAUAAUGAGAUGAGUGAGCCAGCAGAAGAGCUUCAGGAUGACCCCAGUGUGGUCAGGGACUACAAAGACCUGGAGAAAGUCGUGCAGUCUUUCCGGUAUGACGUAAUCCUGAAGACAGGCCUCGAUAUUGGCAGAAACAAAGUGGAAGAUGCAUUCUACAAAGGUGAACUCAGACUGAAUGGGGAAAAAUUAUGGAAGAAGAGCAGAACGGUGAAAGUGGGAGACACAUUGGAUCUCCUCGUUGGGGAGCAUAAAGAAGCUGCAACAGAGACAGUGAUGCGGAUUCUCCUGAAAAAAGUAUUUGAAGAAAAGACGGAGAGUGAGAAGUACAGAGUGGUGCUGCGACGGUGGAAGAGGCUAACGCUGCCAAAGAAGAGUCCGUCUAAAUAAAUGGCUGCCCUGGGAGUGAGGCGGUGGGGGAGGGGCCGCCGAGAAAGGACAUUUUGGUUAAAAUAAAGUUCU